UCUUUGACAUUCAGAUCGCACCGUCCGUUGCCGACUUUAUCCGUGGAUAACUGCGUUGAGUGGCGGGUGGUGAGUGGUGAAUGGUGAGUGCAGUAUCAGGAUUCGCACAGCUUUGCCUACUCGCGACUUUCCGCCUCAGUCGCGUUUUACGCGUCGUACGUGCAAGUGUGUUACGUUCUCUCUGUACAAUUAUUUUUUCUUAUCUAAACCGCUUACUUUUUACAUUACUAUUACUAUAUUCAUUUUUUUUUUAUUAUUAUUCAUUACUCUGAACUGCAGACAUCCCACGUGGAAACUUGGCAAAUAUUUUCCACUGGAGAUUUUCCACUAAUAAUUUUUAUUAAAUUUAAUCUUUUUGUUAUUUUUUUUAUUCUUUUUUUUGAGCUUGAAUCAGAAAAAAUAUCGUAUUAUUUGAUAUUUUUAUUAAAAAAAUUCUUUUAGUGUAACAGACUGAACAACGAGUCUCAAAGGACACUAUUCAUGUUGAAUCCUAUUGUUGGUAGGAUACAAAGUACAAUGAAAUUGUGAUAAAUGAAGAAAAUAUUCAUAAAAUCUCGUGCAAUAUUAAAUUUCCUAUUAACUAAUUUCUUGUACUUAAGUCCAACAAUGAAGAUUUGAUGAUUAAAUUAAUUUACUAAGAUAAAAAUAAAUAAACUAAGUGCAUGUUGUGCAGUUAAAAUUUUUCUUCUUUAUCUAAAAUGUAUUUCUCUAUAAUUACAUUCACGUAGCAGAAUGGUAUCUAGAUUUUCGUGUUAAAACUUUAGUACAGCACUUGCGCGAGACACUUUGCAAAGCUCUCAGUAAUAUACUGUCAAAGGAUAUUCGGUUGAAUAACUUUAUUAACUUAUAAACUUUUAAAGUGCUGUGUAACAGGUAAUUCAACAAAUUUACCAAACUUUAUAUGUAAAUUAAAUGCUCCAAUUCAUUCAUCAAAUAGGAAGAGUUUUCGCUUUAGAAAUUUUUUUUUUGAAUCAACAAACAGUUAAAUAGUGCACUGUGAAAAAUCAAAAAACGAUCUAAAGUUUUUUUUAUUUUAACUUUUUUAAAUAAAAAUUAAUUUGAAUCUGUGGAAGAAAUUACAAUAAUGACAUUUGAAAAAAAAUUUUUUUUUUUAUUUUCCAAGUGGUUUAAUGUCAAAAAGUGACAAUGCCUGUACAAUACACGCGGCGAAUCGUACCGAGGUAAACAAACUCGGUGAAUAAAAUUAGCAAUCUCGGCAUAUAUGUUAUCGAGUAUUCAUUGUUAUUGUUAUUACCAUUAUUAUACGAUAUAGUAAAUGAAUAAAAAAAAAGAGUGAGUGGUACAGUAGUUGGAAGGAAUAAUAAUAUCGAUAAUAGCGAAGAAUAUAUCUGAGAAAAAAUAAAAGUGGCGGAUAGUGCAAAGGGGGGCGAUAGUGGAGGGAAAAGGGUGAUUGAGAUAGAAUGGGAAAAAACCUGAGGACAGGAAAUGAACUCAGGAGAAGAUGAGGAGAAUCGAUUGGUGAUAUCACUUGAGCCAGGUUCGAUCGACGCUCUGGCUCGAGACUCAACAAAGACAAGAGAGAGACAUGUCUACUGAUGAAACGGUCGCCCUGUUGUCCGGCGACAACGAGACCGUUUUAGAACUUGAUAACGAGAUUCUUCCCGUUACCAAUGUCACCGAUGAGGGGUAUGAUGUUACAUACGUUCUGCCAAAUAGUUCGUCUAUCUUCGAGGUCAACGCCACCACUGAAAUUGACUCUUUCUACUUUUACGAGACAGAACAAUUUACAUUACUAUGGUUUCUAUUUACUAUAAUUGUCGUCGGUAACGUCUCUGUGCUGAUGGGUCUACUGUUGGGAAAACGCCGGAAAUCACGGAUGGAUUUUUUUAUUAAGCAACUGGCCAUCGCUGAUUUACUCGUCGGUUUAAUUUCGGUCCUGACGGAUAUUGUAUGGAGAGUUACGAUAAUAUGGCAUGCAGGCAACAUCGCCUGCAAGCUCAUUAAAUUUCUUCAAGUAGUUGUGACGUACAGCUCAACGUAUGUAUUAGUCGCACUUUCAAUAGACAGAUAUGAUGCCAUUACUAGGCCGAUGAAUUUUUCCGGAAGCUGGUGGAGAGCCAGAGCUCUUGUUGCAACAGCUUGGGGAUUAUCUGUGGCAUUUAGUAUUCCUAUUAUUUUUCUUUAUGAAGAGAAGCUCAUCCAGGAAAAAAAACAAUGUUGGAUAGACCUGGGAUCACCCGUAAAUUGGCAAAUUUACAUGAGUCUAGUGAGUUUUACAUUAUUUAUAGCGCCUACUAUCAUUAUUUGUGGGUGUUAUUUGGUGAUAGUGACAACUAUCUGGACUCAAAGCAGUGCAUUGCGUCAAAGUCCGAUGCGGGACGACAGACGAGCUUCGUCCAGGGGGUUAAUACCGCGUGCUAAAAUAAAAAGCGUUAAAAUGACAUUCGUUAUAGUUUUCGUUUUUGUUCUCUGUUGGAGUCCAUAUAUCGUCUUUGAUUUACUUCAAGUAUAUGGCUACGUACCGAAAACACAGACAAACAUUGCGGUUGCAACAUUCAUUCAAAGUCUAGCCCCGCUAAAUUCAGCAGCAAAUCCAAUCAUAUACUGUCUUUUCAGCACACCAUUUUGCAAGAACGUACGGCGAUUUCCUGGGUUUCGGGACGGUGCUGUACGUGUUCACAUAAUUGCUUUAGCGCCAGUAAUAUUCGGAGGAGAGCAACGAGAACGACGACGGUUACAACAUCGUUGACUGCUCAUUCUUCAAGAAGAAGCGGGCAUAUUCCUAUACUGCAUACCGCAUCCAAAAAACAUGUAAUGGUAUCGUUUGUUUAAAUGAUAAAUAGUAUUAGAAAUUAUCUAAUUAUGUAUAUGUAUACAUAUUAAAAAUAAUUU